AUGGCUGAAGAUCUGGUGCUGGAAUCAUGCAACCUGGAGUGUGAGAGCAACAAUCAGAACCACAUGACGGCUGACAUGGGCAGCCAGCAGCUCGUUGUGAGGAGGGGACAGUCUUUCACCAUCACGCUGCACUUCGCUGGAAGGGGUUAUGAGGAAGGAGUGGAUAGACUUACUCUCAACGUAGAGACAGGGCCAUGCCCCAUCGAGUCGUCGGGAACCAAGUCCCGUUUCCCCGUCUCCGAUGCCCUCCAGGAGUCAGCAUGGAGCACGGUCGUGGACCAUCAGGAUGGAACCUCUCUCUCCUUGUUGAUUUACUCCCCUCCCGAUGCCCGGAUUGGCCGCUAUACCCUGACCCUGGAGGCCUCUACGGGGUACCAAGGCACUAGCUUCAGGCUCGGAGAGUUCAUCUUGCUCUUUAACCCUUGGUGUCCAGACGACUCUGUCUUUCUCGAGUAUGAAGACCAGCGGUGUGAGUUCGUGCUGACGCAGCAGGGCCUCAUCUACCAGGGAUCUCUGAAGUUCAUCGUCCCUACUGCCUGGAAUUUCGGACAGUUCGAAGAUGAAAUUGUGGACAUCUGCCUUCAGCUGCUGGAUACAAACCCCAAAUUCCUUCGAGACCAAAACCGAGACUGCUCCCGCCGCAAUAACCCCGUUUACAUUGGCCGGGUCGUGAGCGCCAUGGUGAAUUGCAAUGAUGAUCAGGGGGUGCUUGCAGGGCGCUGGGACAAUAAGUACGAGGAUGGGGUGAGCCCCAUGUCCUGGAUAGGGAGCGUGGACAUUCUCAGAAGGUGGAGGAAGUACGGAUGUCAGCCAGUCCGAUAUGGCCAGUGCUGGGUCUUUGCGGCAGUGGCAUGUACAGUCCUGAGAUGUUUGGGAAUUCCCACCCGCGUGGUGACCAAUUAUAACUCCGCCCACGAUACCAACAGCAACUUGGUCAUUGACCAUUACCUAGACGAAAUGGGAAACCUGCAGAAGACAUCCAAAGACACGAUAUGGAAUUACCAUUGCUGGGUGGAGUCCUGGAUGACCCGGCCCGACCUGCCCCCCGGCUGUGAUGGAUGGCAGGCUUUGGAUCCAACUCCUCAGGAGAAGAGCGAAGGGGCAUACUGCUGCGGGCCAGCUCCAGUCAAAGCCAUCAAGGAAGGUGAACUGAGGCUGAAAAAAUACGACAUCCCGUUUGUCUUUGCGGAGGUCAAUGCGGACGUGGUUUAUUGGGUGCUGCAGAAGGAUGGCUCCAGAAAGAAGACCAUCCACUCUUCUAUCGUAGGAAAGAACAUGAGCACAAAAAGCGUGGGCAAAGACACCAGAGAAGACAUUACCCACAACUACAAGUAUCCCGAGGGAUCCGACCAAGAAAGGGAAGUGUUUGCAAAAGCAGAACUCCAGAAAAGUUACCUGACUGCGGAGGAGAAGGGCGUGAGCAUCAAGAUCAAGGUGUCCGAGGGCAUGAACAAUGGCUGCGAUUUUGACGUCUUCGCGGUCAUCAGCAACAACACCGAGACCGAACGGCUGUGCAGGCUCAUGUUCUGUGCCCGAACUGCCAGUUACAGUGGAGUCAUGGGCCCUGAGUGUGGGAUGAAGGAUCUUCUGAAUGUCAUUCUCCUACCCCAUGCAGAAAAGACGGUGCCCCUGCGUAUUCUGUAUGAGAAGUACGGCAGCUGCCUGACCCAAGACAACAUGAUCAAGCUGGUGGCCCUCCUAUUUGAAUACCAGACUGGAGAUAUCGUCCUUGGGGUCCGAGACAUCUACAUAAAGAACCCGGAUAUUAAGAUUAGGGUUUUAGGGGAGCCAAUGCAGAAGCGGAAGCUGGUGGCAGAGCUCACCCUGACUAACCCCCUCUCGACCCCUCUGUGCGGCUGCGAGUUCACCCUGGAGGGGGCUGGUCUGACCCAAGGACAGAAGACCCAGGAGCUCGCCAGCCCCGUUGAGCCAGGGCAGGAGGCGAAGGUCAGGGUGGACUUGACCCCCCAGCUGUCUGGCCUGCACAAGCUCGUGGUGAAUUUCGAGAGCGACAAGCUGAAGGGAGUGAAGGGCUAUCGCAACGUGAUCGUCGCCCCGCUGCCCAAGUGA